AUGUACGACAAUGUCGACAAAUUCUCCAAACUAGUAUCGAGAGAGAACGUUAAUAAAAAAGUAGAUAGUCCAUUUUAUCCAAACAGAUACAAUUUAUUGGAAUUAUGUUGUUUCCAUGGUUCACCAAAAUGUUUUAAAUAUUUAAGAACAAAAUUCAACAUGGAAAUCACUGAUAAUUGCAUUUAUUAUUCAUUUUUAAGCGGAAGUACAUAUAUCGCUAAUGAAUGCAUGAAAGUUUUCACACCAAAUGCAACUUGCAUGAGAUACGCAAUCCUUGCACAUAAUGUUGAAUUAACAACAUUUUUAAACAAAAAUUAUCAUGUUCCUUAUGAUCCUUAUUCAAGUGCUGAGUUCAAUGAUUAUGUAACUCUCUGUUUGUAUAUUGAAGAAACUAAUUAUUAUAAUAUUCCUUUUAUUCAUUCUUUUGAAUUUGGUAAUCCAAAAUUAAUUGAUUUCUUGUUUUCAAAGGUAACAAACAUCAACGCAAAAGAUGUUAUUGGAGUAACUGCUUUACAUACUUGUGCUGAUUGUAAUAACAAGGAAAUGUUGAAAUUAAUCAUUUCUAAAGGUGCAAAUCUUAAUGCAAGGGAUAGAUAUAAAGAAACUCCUUUGACAAUGGCAGUAAGAAAUAGUUAUUACGAAAUAAUUGAAAUUUUGGUUAAAAAUGGUGCUGAUAUUAACAUUAAAGAUUGUUAUACAAAUUUGCAUGUACUUCGCGAUGUCGUUAGGACAGGAAACUCCACAAACAAAGACACUUGUUUAUUGCAUGUCGCUGUAAUGUAA